GGUCGCCACAUUCUGUGACAAUGAAACUCCUCCUGGUUGUCGUCGGUCUAGCCGUGGCUGUUUCAGCCUACGAGCCCAUAAACAAUGACUACCACAACACCAUUGGUGUUUACGAAGCUGCUCGUAUCAAACAGGCUGAAGAAGCUGCUGACUUUGAUGGCAAUAGGAUCACAGGAGGAAAUAUUGCAUCACUUGGACAAUUCCCAUACCAAGCAGGCCUUCUUAUCAGAUUGCAAGACGGAAGACAAUCGGUUUGCGGUGCUUCUCUCAUCAGCAACUCUAGAUUAGUUACGGCAGCUCACUGCUGGGUUACCGGCGGCGCCUCAGCUCGUCAAGUGACAGUUGUCCUUGGCUCAGUCAAUCUUUAUUCUGGUGGUACUCGUAUCAACAGCAACAAUGUCCGUCCGCACCCAAAUUACAACAUGUGGACUCUUGCCAAUGACAUUGCCGUCAUCAUCAUCAACUCCGUUAGUUACUCCAAUAACAUCAGGAAUAUUGGUCUAGCAAGUGGUAGCAAUCUAUAUGUCGGCUCAUGGGCUACUGCUUCAGGUUUCGGCCGUUACGCUGACAACUCUGGUGUAUCUACUAGCCUCAGGCAUGUGAACUUGCAAGUUAUCACCAAUGACGUAUGCAGACGUACUUAUGGAAGCACCAUAAUAGCUUCCAACAUCUGUGUCGCUACUCCCAACGGACGCAGUACCUGCGGAGGAGACUCUGGCGGUCCCCUGGCUAUUAGCAACACAUUGAUUGGAGUCACAUCUUUCGGUCAUCGUGAUGGAUGCACUCGCGGACACCCCGCCGGUUUCGCUAGAGUCACAUCCUUCAACUCAUGGAUCCGAUCCAUCUAAACCGUUAACAUGGAGGUGCCUUGCAAUUAUAUUUUGGUUGAUUGUUUGGAAUGUGAAUAAAAACUGAAUUCAGAA